AUGGCGGAUACACGGACACGCAAGUCUCCCCACCGCCUGGAUGGCGACGACGCUGACGAUGGCGACGCGGGCCUGGGUGGCGCUGGCUGGGACGACGCCGUCGAGGCGUUCCGCGACCGGCGGAAGCUCCGCGCCAACCGAACGGAGCGCCUCCGGGCGGCUGGCUUCUCGGAACGAGACGCCGAUCGCCUGACGGGGGCAGAGGCGGCCGAGGCCGUGUUAAGGUAA